AUGGCAGCACAGAAAGACUUGGAAAGCCAGCCGCGGCAGUCGGACGAGCGGACCCCGCUCCUGGGGACAUCCGCCGAGGCCGGAUCAAGCCAGCAGGCUGCAGAGCAUCGGAACAACGAUAACGGAGCGAACGAAGGCAUCCAGAACCCCGAGCAGGUGCCCCUCAUCACGGGCCAGGAUGGAAAGGAAAAGAAAGGAAGGACAACUAGCUGGUGGUUAUGGCGGGCGUUCUGGGCGGUUCUCGCUAUCUUCGUCCUGGCUGUCUUUAUCAAAGGCUGGAUUGAUGCCAAAGACACCAACUUUGAUCUCAAAGCAGCUCUUAUGAGAGCUCUAGGCGGUGGCUUGAGUGGCGCCGCGGCUAUGGUCUUGCAAGUUUUGACACUCAUGCCCAUUAGGACUAUCAUGAACUACCAGUAUCGCUUUGGAUCUGGUUUCAGAGAGGCAACUCGCACUCUCUAUGAAGAUGGAGGAGUGCGUAGGUACUACCAGGGUAUUGGAGCCGCACUGAUCCAGGGACCGGUUUCCCGCUUCGGCGACACUGCCGCUAACGCAGGUAUCCUUGCCCUUCUCGAGUCGAACUCAUUCUUGAACCAGCUCCCCACCCUCAUCAAGACCAUCUUUGCUUCUCUCUGUGCUGCUGCUUUCCGCAUGAUCUUGACUCCCAUCGAUACUCUCAAGACGACGUUGCAGGCUCAGGGCGCCAAGGGUACCGCUAUUCUGAGACAGCGUGUCAAGACAAAUGGCAUCGGUAGCUUGUGGUGGGGAGCUUUUGCGACUGCCGCCGCCACAUUUGUCGGCCACUACCCUUGGUUUGGAACCUACAACUACCUUUCCGCCAACAUUCCCGAACCGGAUAAGAGUGACAUUUUUGUGUGGCUUUUGCGUCUUGCCUUCAUUGGAUUCUGCGCCUCCGUCAUCUCUGAUUCUGUUUCCAACUCGUUGAGAGUGGUAAAGACCUACAGACAAGUCAACGACACGCAGAUUUCAUACUCUCAGGCUGCAAAGAUUGUUAUACAAAGAGAAGGCUUCCUCGGCUUCCUUGGACGUGGUCUCAAGACCCGAAUCUUGGCCAACGGUCUCCAGGGCGUAUUGUUCUCUAUCCUUUGGAAAUUGUUCCUCGACCUGUGA